CACGGGUAAGUUGAGACGGACGCCAGUUGCUGCGACGCGGAGCUCCGGUCAUUUCCCGGGCCUCUCCUGGGCUAGGACUGCGUCCGUGGUCUUUCCUCUUCUGCCCUCAAUCUCGAUAUGAGCCCUGCCUUGGAUAGAUGCUGCUGAAUCCAUAAGAAAUGCCACUGCCACUGCCACCCCAAUGCUCCAGAUGUGAGACUAAGAAAUCUCAGUCCAGCAAAAUUGUGCCCAGUGAUCAUGGCCCAUCUGAAAAGAGAGAGGAGAAUUACCAAGCAAAGAUAUCUCCAUCUUCACCUCAGCGACCACUCAAAAAGAGGUCAGCUUUUGAAGAUCUCACCAACGCUUUUCAAAGUCAACCUGCCAAGCCCAAGAAGGAAGCCAGUAAUGAGUUUGUUAAAGAUGUUUCCAAGAAGAUAAACAGGAACACACCUGCUCGUGGGUGA